AUGGCCUCUCUUCACUUCUGCUCGGAAUGCAACAACCUACUCUACCCCAAGGCUGACCCGGCGCGGCGCAACAUGGUGUACGCAUGCCGCAUCUGCACCUAUGAUGAGGACGUGGACAAUGCGUGUGUGUACCGGAAUGACUUGCUCACGGUGACGAAAGAGCAGAAGGGUGUCGUCACGGACCUUGGCACGGAUCCAACGCUGGCACACUCCAACAUCCCAUGUCCGCGCUGCCACAACGAAGAUGCCGUGUACUUCCAGGACCAGUCGAAGCGGAAGGAAACACGGAUGAUCCUCUUCUUCGUGUGUUCAAAGUGUAAUGAAAGCUUCUCAGAUCCAUCACUACCACAAGAUGCAAGACCAGAGAUGUGA